AUGUCUGUUCCAUUUACAAAUCUACCUCGUUCAGCUACUAUUCAACUGAUACCAUUCAAGGUGUCUAUUCCCCAAUCGACGCUGGAUGAAUUGAAGAGUCUUGUCAGACUGUCCAAACUUGCUCCACCGACCUACGAAGGAUCUCAAGAGGAUCGAAAAUAUGGUGUCACAAGCAAAUGGGUUCGCGAAGCCAAAGAGAAAUGGGAAAAAGACUUCGAUUGGCGUAAGCAUGAGGCGCACAUGAAUUCUUUUCCACAUUACAUGGCGUCUGUUGUUGACAAUGAUGGCAAAGAAUACCAGAUUCAUUUUAUCGGCCUCUUCUCCGACAAAGUUGAUGCUGUGCCACUCGUUCUACUUCAUGGAUGGCCAGAACGUAAAGAAAUUGUGUUCAAUUAUAAGAAACGUGAUGAUGAUCGUAGAGCAGGAGUGGGACAACAGAAAGUGACAGAAAUAUUAAUGAAAGAAACAGACAAUCAAUAUCGCUGUCCUGGAUGUAAAACAAAGUAUAAACCGCAAGGUAUUACGAACCAUGUAAAGGCCUGCAUAAAAGCGGUAGGGUGA